GUUAACCCACCCCUUUUUUGCGUCUGAUGUGGCAUUUUUAUGCUGAGAUGGACAAGCCACCUGGAUAAAUCAUCCAGAUAAAAAAUGCUGACUGAAGAGUUAAGACAGAAAAUUAGUGGCUAGUUACCAGCAUCGAAGACCGAACCCAUGGAAGAGACGAUGGAGACCCAGCACAGAGCAAGACUCGCCAUUUUUGAACUGGUCAACAUGCUAAGCGUUCCUAUGUCCCUCAACACCAUCGUCCGCCUCAACGUUCCAGACGCAAUAUGGCAAGGUGGGGCUAAUACUGCUCUCACCGCCUCCCAGAUCCUCGCGAAAGUUCUCCCCUCCGGCGGUGGGGAUGCCGAGAACCUCCAGCGCAUCCUCCGUAUGCUCACUAGCUAUGGUGUGUUCGCGGAGGUACUGCAUGAUACUGACCGUGCGGAGAGAAAAUACUCACUAACUGAGAUCGGGAAGAUGCUCGUCACCGACGCCGACGGUCAUUCAUAUAAGAGUUUCUCCCCCAAACAGAAUUUUCAGGGAAAAUUUUCAGGGAGGAGAGAACUCCUAAUUGCUUUUGAAAUGGCAAGGGUGCAAGGGUUCGUUGAAGCAGAUAAUGCAGAGGCCAUAAUCGCAAGAAUUGAACACAAAUCUAGAAAGAUCGAGAGCCUGCUGAAACAGCAUAAGCCAGUUGAAGCUCUGAAAACGGCGCUUGAAGGUUCUCCUCCGGCGACCCGAGUUGAGCGUUGCAAGGUUUGAAAAAGAUAAUAAUUUUAUUGCUGCUCUUACUGUUAUGAAUCUUAUUUUGAGAUUUUUUUGGAAAUGGUUUUCUUUGGAUCUGGGUCUCCAUCGUCUCUUCCAUGGGUUCGGUCUUCGAUGCUGGUAACUAGCCACUAAUUUUCUCUGUCUUAACUCUUCAGUUAGCAUUUUUUAUCUAGAUGAUUUGUCCAGGUGGCUUGUCCAUCUCAGCAUAAAAAAUGCCACAUCAG